AUGCCUGAGAUGAUGGAGAUGGAAAUCAAUGGAAAACUCAGAGGUUGUACAGGUUCAGAUGUCUCCAAAAGGAGGAUAAUUUCAAAAUCUGCGGAUAGUCCACAUGGAGCCAUUAAUACUGAGGUCACUAUUAGUUUUCAAGAUGGGCUAUGGUCCGAGUGGGUCCUGAUGGAAGUUCUGUCCAGGCUCCCAAUUAAGAUGGUUAUCCGAUGCAAAAGUGUCUCAAAACAGUGGCUUUCUCUAAUCUCGGAUCCUUAUUUUUCUCGCUUCUAUAACAUCUCCGCUCGAGGCUGGCAAGCCUCUGCUUUCUCGGGCUCGGUUUGGCGCCGCCCUCCGUGGGUUUUUAUUUUUAAGAGAAUGAGUGCUGAAGGUUGUGAGAUGACCCUUUUUUCGGAGGAAGAACUAAUGGAUAUUAUGUAUCCUUUUCCAAACUCCCCUUCCCCUAAUUAUUGUGUACUUCCCCUUCCGAAAUCUCAGCAAGCUGAGAAGGGGAGAACGUACGCCAUCCAAGCCAUUCAUGACGGGUUUGUGUUGUACAAGUGGACUGAUUUUUCUACGGGCGUGCAUGAGCUGUACAUCUGCAAUCCCAUGACCGACCAGUGGUUUCCACUUCCUCGACCCAAAUAUAUCCCAAAGACAAAUGUCAGCUUUGGUUUCAUCACACGGGUCGAAGCCGGAAUGUUAACCAGCCACAGGGUCGUGCUUGUCCGUUGUCAUUACCAGAAAAAAUCUUUCAUCGAGUUCCAGGUGUUCUGUUCCGAAUCGGGAAAAUGGGUAGAAUAUACCGUUCACUCCAGGCGUGCAGUUCGGGUUUGUGAUAACAAGAAGACUGUGUUUCUCGACGGGAAACUGCACUGGGACGAUUGUGAGCUUGGGCUUAUAGCAUACGAUCCUUAUACGAGUCCUGAUGGAAUGCGCUUGAUAGAUUUUCCCAAGGAUCUGUACAGAAGUUACAGAUCAGUCUCAUACAGGUUGAACUUUAGCUCGUGUGGCGUACACCAAGGGCUUCUCAAGUAUUUUGAAGUUACUGAACCAUUUAGUGCGCGUGGCUUCUCACACCUCAAGAUAUGCGUGCUCGAGGACUAUGAUAUGGGUCGAUGGUGUUUGCAGCAUAUGGUUGGGUGUGAAGAUAUUAGGGUUGGUGGUAGUUUGUCUCGCCGACCACUACCUGCCCAGCUCGUUUGUUUCCAUCCAUAUAAUGCGGACAUAGUUUAUAUGCAGCGGCGCAAAGACUUGGUCUCGUAUGACAUGCGGACGAGGGAGCUGAGACCCCUGGGCCUUCCUCACGAACCCGAGAAGAAUUUCAACCUCAUGUGUGAAGUGGGCUAUCUAUUCUUCCCGCUCGUGCUACCGACAUGGCCUAUUUGUAUUCCUACCUCUCUAAUACCAAAGCUAUAG